AUGUCCGGGUCAGGCUUAAAGCCCGCGACCCGGCCUGACCCAGCCCGACUCGACCCUGAAAAGCCCAGCCCUGGUGGAAGGCUUUGGCGGACUCAAGGCUCGGCCUCAAGCUAUGGAAAGCCCGAGCCCUGGUCGGUUCUGCAUGAGGAUGUCAAAAGCCCGGCUAAAAGCCCAAGCCCAGCCCAGCCCAAGCCUGACCCUGAGGCGGGCUUGGGCGGGCUCAGGGCUCGGGCUCACACUUUGUCAAGGCCUGACCCUCCAAAGCCCGGCCUAAGCCCUAAAAACCCGACCCGACCCGACCCGACCUGGACAUCACUACGAGUCACACAUCAGAAAUUAUUCGCUGCACUCUCGGUGAAAAAGAAAGCCCAAAUCUCCUUUGAUCCGAACAGCACUGAGACUCAGACAAUGAGGUCCUUUCGUGGUUGGGUAACUUCCGCAACCGAAAAAGCGGCUUUCAGCAAUGCAUAUCCCAUGGAGAGCGUCAAUCAUCAUCAACUCCGGAAAUGCCAGUCUUCUUUGAAGUCCAUCAACGGCAGUGUCCCUGAUGCUGACUCACAUACCACAGCUACUUGCGCGUCUCACGCUUGA